AUGGCGAAGGCGCCUGGUGCCCCGCUCGGGCCCGUCCCUUUCGCGGACAUCGAAGCCGACUCGGGCUUGGUCUCCGGCGUGCCGGAGCAGCUCCAGGAGGAGCACGCCGACCCCGACGACCUUGUUUCCGCCCUGCCAAGCGCGCCGAGGCCCAAGGGCCUGUCGAGCCUCCGUCUCUACGACGGCUUCUGGCUGCCGGAGUGGUCCGUCCCGGCGGCCGUCGCCCUACAGCGCCGCUUCGAGCCCCGCCCGGACGACGUCGUCGUCGCCAGCUUCCCCAAGUGCGGCACCACGUGGGUCAACGCCCUCACGUUCGCCACCAUGGCACGGCGCGCCCACCCCGCCGCCGGCGCCGGGCACCCGCUGCUACGCCUCAACCCGCACCAGUGCGUCCCUUUCCUGGAGGCCCUCUUCGGCAGCCGCCGCGGGGAGGCCAGGCUCGCGGCGCUGCCGUCCCCGCGCCUCAUGAACACGCACAUGCCGCUGGCCAUGAUGCCCGGCGGGGGCGGGUGCAAGGUCGUGUACGUCUGCAGGGAGCCCAAGGACAUGGUCGUCUCGCUGUGGCACUUCCACCGGCGGCUGCAUCCGGAGCUGCCGCUAGCCGACGUCUUCGAGGCCGUGUGCGGCGGCGCGGUGGGGUACGGGCCGGUGUGGGACCACAUCGCCGGCUACUGGAGCGCCAGCGCGGCCAGGCCGGACGGCGUGCUCUUCCUGCGGUACGAGGAGCUGCUGCGCGACCCCGCCGGGCACGUCCGGGAGCUGGCGCGGUUCGUGGGGCUGCCUUUCUCCGGCGCGGAGGAGGAUGCCGGCGUCGUUCACGACAUCGUCAACCUCUGCAGCUUCGGGCACCUCAAGACCCUGGAAGCCAACAAGACGGGCCACAUGAAUGCCGGACUCCCGAUCCCGCGUGACGCGCUGUUCAGGAAGGGCGUGGCCGGCGACUGGGUGAACCACAUGACGCCGGAGAUGGCGCGACGCCUAGACGACAUCGUCGCCGACAAGCUCCAUGCGGCAGGCCUCACCUUCCUCCACGCCAGGGAGUGA